UCGUUUAAGACAAACUAAUACAAUAUAUAAUAACACAAUCCCUCACCAAUCUCUCAGAACACUAGAGCCAUUAUCUUCUCCAAGGUAAGAAAAAUGAAUGCUCUAACAACUCAAACCCUAAUCGUCAUAGUUUUUCUCCUUAUAAUUCCAACAUCAUUAGCAGCACCACCAACACUCGAAGACAGUUUCACACAAUGUCUCACUAUUUUCAAACCUUCCGACCAAGAGUCCCCAAUCCAAAACUUCACAUACACGCAACAAAACCCUAACUUCCUCACUAUCCUCAACAACUACGUCCGUAAUCUCCGUUACUUCAACGGCACGACACGUAAACCAGUAGCGAUUGUGACCGCGGCUCACUUCACUCAUAUCCAAGCUACAAUCAACUGCGGCAAAAAACUCGGACUCCAGCUCCGGAUCCGUAGCGGAGGCCACGACUACGACGGUAUGUCUUAUUUAUCCACGGUCGAUUUCGUCGUCCUCGACAUGUUUAACUUACGGUCAAUCGAGAUCGAUCCAAAACUCGAAACCGCGUGGGUACAAUCCGGUGUGACCCUAGGAGAGAUCUACUACGAAGUUGCCAACAAAAGCAACAACCUCCGUGGGUUCCCAGCCGGAAUCUGCCCUGGUCUCGGCGCUGGUGGGCAUUUUAGCGGUGGAGGUUACGGAAACAUGAUGAGGAAAUACGGUUUAUCGAUUGAUAACAUUAUAGACGCUAAGAUCGUCGAUGCUAACGCAAGAGUCUUGGACCGGAGCUCUAUGGGAGAAGAUCUUUUCUGGGCCUUACGAGGCGGUGGAGCCGCUAGCUUUUGUGUUGUCUUAGCUUGGAAGAUCAAGCUUGUUCCGGUGCCGGAGAAAGUUACCGUCUUUAACGUUGAAACGGUAGGAAACAGAGGAGGAGUAACCACUACCGAUCUUGUAGCCAAAUGGCAAGAGAUCGCUGACAAGGUCGACAACGAUCUGUUUAUAAGAUUAACGUUGAGCUCAAGUAACAAGACUGUUAAGGCUUCUUUCAUGGGAAUGUUCUUAGGAGACUCCGAGAAGCUUCUAGAGAUUAUGAACGCCAAAUUCCCGGAACUCGGUAUUAAUAAAACAGAGUGCAUAGAAAUGAAAUGGAUCGAAUCGGUUCUGUUCUGGCUUAGUAUCCCACCCAAUACAGCACCAACAUCGGUCAUGCUAAACCGGAUUCCGCAAAAGCAAAUCUUCCUCAAGAGAAAAUCCGAUUACGUGCAGAAACCGAUCUCGAAACCCGGUUUGGAAUCGAUAUUCAAGAUUCUGUUAGAGAACGAGAACGUGACGAUGGCUUGGAACCCGUACGGCGGGAGAAUGAGCGAGAUACCGGAGACAGAGACGGCGUUUCCUCAUCGAGCAGGGAAAAUGUUCAAGAUUCAGUACUCCUCGAACUGGUUCGUGCCAGGUGAAGCAGCCGCUAGAGAUUGCUUGAGCCAGACGGAAAGAGUGUUUGACGCAAUGAGCCCUUACGUGACUAAGAAUCCAAGAGAGGCGUUUUUGAACUACAGGGACGUUGACAUUGGGAAGAGCUUGAACUCAACAUACGAGGAAGGUAAAGUGUAUGGAGUUAAGUAUUUUAAGGAUAACUUUGAGAAGUUGGUUCAGGUUAAGACAAGAGUUGAUCCCGACAAUUUUUUCCGAUACGAGCAGAGCAUUCCGGUGCACAUUAGCCGCCGUUAGAGACUUUUCUUAUUAUUUGUCUUGUUUUAUGUUAAUCUUUUUCUGUUGUUGUUUCCCCAUCUGUAUUAAUUAAUAAAUAAUAUAUAGUACUUGUAAUUUACUCCAUAAGUCUAUGGUAUUUUUUUUCGUUGUACUAAUAUAUUAUAUAUUUGUUAUAAAACAUAACGCAAAUAUUUAUA